AUGAACACGCUGCAGCUGAGACGUGUGGGCCGCCGAGGCACAAGGAGGCGCUGGGCUCUGGUGACCCCAGAAGGGCUUCCCUGGGCAUCUCACGGGACGUUGAUGCUGUUUAUUAUUAAACUGGAUGUUUAUCCCUUCUGCGGGAGGGAACCGCUCACAGCUGCUCUUGACGUGCAACUGAACCGCGAGAAAAUCAAAGAUGAAAAGAUGAGGCAACAAGUAAGAGAGAACAGUCUUGAACUUCGAGAAUUGGAAAAAAAACUCAAGUCUGCUUAUGUGAACAAAGAGAGAGCUGCACAGGUGGCUGAGAAAGAAGCUGUGCAGUAUGAGAAAAUGAAACGUGAGGCUGAAAUAGCCCAAAAGAUGAAGGAAGAGUAUGAAAGGGUAAUAGAAGAAGAAAGUUCUGCAGAGCUGAAGCGAAACCAGGAGAAGAUAAUAUAUCAGCAGGAGCUGGAGAAACAGCUUGAGGAGCAAGAGAGGAAGAAGCAGGAGGCUUAUGAAGAGUUCCUGAGAGAAAAGCUCUUGAUUGACGAAAUUAUAAGGAAGAUCUUUGAGGAAGACCAAAUGGAAAGACAAAUUAAGUUAGAGAAAAAGAGAGCAGCUCAUAAUUGUAAUGAAGAAUUCAAAAAAGAACAAGCUCUCUGGAGGAGAAGGAGAGAAGAAGAGAUAGAAGAAGAAAAUAGGAAAAUCAUGGAGUUUGCCAACUUCCAGCAACAAAGAGAAAAAGAUCGGGCAGCUAAAGUUCGAGAUGUGGAGGAGAAAAAACAAAAGCUUCAAAACAUGCUUGCCCAAAAUCUGGAAAGAGAACAACAGAAGCGUGAAGAAGAGGAACAAGUACGACAAGAGCUGUAUCUGGAAGAACAAGCGGAGAACGAAAGGAAGAAGGAGAUGGCAGAAAUUGAAAAGAGAAUUAGGCAACGUCUAGACUUAAGGCAAACAUAUGAAGAGCAACUUGCUUUAAAGAUGGCCAUGCAGCAAGCUAUGCAAGAAGAGGAAGCAGCCUUCAGGCAGCAGAUGUUGGCCAAGUUUGCAGAGGACGAUCGCAUUGAGCAGAUGAACGCUCAGAAGCGAAGGAUGAAACAGCUUGAGCACAACAGGGCUGUGGAGAAACUGUUCCCUGAAAAGUUACAAAAUGUUACUUAUUUCUUGCAGGAGCGUGAACUUGAAGAAAGGCGGUUAGAGGAGAGAAGACAAGAAAACAUCCGGGCAGUUGUUGAGGAGGAGAGACAGAAGCUCCUGAAGGAACACGCAUCUAAACUACUGGGCUAUCUUCCUCCAGGAGUCUUCAAAAACGAAGAUGACAUUAACAUGCUUGGAGAGGAAUUCAGAUUGGCUUACCAGAAGAGAAGAGGUAAUCCAUGUUCCGAAGAGAGGUGA